UAGGAAAUGAGGAAAGCGAAAGAAAGGGGACAGAGCUGCCUCCUUACUCCGCUUGCUGCCUCUUAUGUUACCCAGUUAUCUGAACGUUAAUCCGACGAAAAAUAUUUACCCAGGUUUAAGAGGGCAUCCUGUCCGGUUGUGUGGUGACGAUCAGUUUAUUCCAUCAAUUAUUAAUUACGGAAUAGCUUCUUGAUUUGAGCUGGAGUAAAAGCUGCGUUGGGGAGCUUUACCCAAAAUCGCUUUUGUGUUUAGGAUCUGCUGAGCUGAACGUGCCAGCGUCUGCUUUGCUUACAUUUGCAUUUUUUACUGGGCUAAAAGGAAAAAAACAAACGUGAAAACAAAUAACCGUCGAGGAUGCUGCGAUUUCUUCCCCCCUCCCGGUAGUCCAAAUAAAUAAAGAGCUGCACCGGUUUUAUUGCUUUUGCAUGUUUUCAGCCCCAGCAUCUUGGAAAAGGGGUCUCUUCCCACAGAGCUAUCUCUUCGGAGAAGAGCAAAUUAAAAGCCUCCAUUAGCACAACUCCUUGUGGCCUUUUUUUUUUUUUUUUUUUUUAAGAAAUAAAAUGUAUCUUCAGUGUUGAACAGUCCUGGCGAUGGAAAGUGUUAAAGUGAAAUGGUUCCAAAGAGAGGACAGCAAUACAAUGGAAGUUUCAUUAUAAUAAUAGGAUAAAAAAAAAAAGAAUUGCUUAAUGCAUGAUAAACCUCUCAGAUGCUUAAUAUUUCUGGGCAUCGAAGCACAUCCUUUUAACGUGUUCCUGCUGGAGAGCGAGAGCUCAAGUAGAAACUGAAAGCAAAUAGACAUUUGAUCCAGGGGACCACUGAAGUUUAGAAAUCCCUCGAUGGGCUGUAGCUGCUUGUUUUCCCCCCUGCCUAUAACAUAAGCAAAAAUAGGUGGUUGGCGAGUGAAUGAACGGGGACUUGAGCAGAAAGACGGUCUGGCAGCGUGAGUGAAAGCAGCCAGGCAGAGGAGGAGGGGAGGCGAGGGGUGAACGGUGUGAUGAAGAGCAGACCGGGCAAAAUUGAGCGGCUUGGAGCCGGGAAAGCAUCUCCCUGCGUGUUCUCGCUGGAUCUCUCCGCCGCCUGAUUUAUAUUGGCAUUAUAUUUACAUUAUGUUCCUGUAUUGGGUGCAGUGAACUAUGCAGCUUGCGUUUUUUAAUCUCUCCCCAUCUCGGCCCCCCAGUGUGGCACAGCACUCGUUUGUCUCUGAAAUGAAACAUGGAAACCUCAUUAAAUGCACGGAGGAGAAGCCUGCAGUGCUGAACUCCUCGCCGUGCCCGGGGUUUGUUUAUCCUGCAGCUAGCCCAGAUUUCCCGGCGCGAGGAGCCGCGGCGGCGACUUGCCCACAGCCUUUACCUGCGCCUGGUGUGGGCUCGGGGCUGCUCCUGCCUUGGGCACAUGCUGAAGAUGUUGGAACCAGCCUCUACUUUGUGAACGACUCUAUCCAGCAGGUCACCUUCUCCAGCACAGUGGGGGUGGUGAUCCCCUGCCCGGCAGCAGGGUCACCCAGCGCCGUCCUUCGGUGGUACCUGGCCACGGGCGACGACAUCUACGAUGUGCCCCACAUCCGGCACGUCCAUGCCAAUGGGACUUUGCAGCUCUACCCCUUCUCGCCAUCAGCCUUCAAUAGCUUUAUCCACGACAACGACUACUUCUGCACCGCGGAGAACUCGGCUGGCAAAAUCAGGAGCCCGAAUAUCCGCGUUAAAGCAGUUUUCAGGGAACCGUACACCGUUCGGGUGGAGGACCAAAGGUCGAUGCGUGGAAACGUGGCUGUUUUCAAGUGCCUCAUCCCCUCUUCAGUGCAGGAAUACGUUAGUGUUGUGUCCUGGGAGAAAGACACCGUUUCUAUCAUCCCAGAAAAUAGGUUUUUUAUUACUUCUUACGGAGGUUUGUACAUAUCGGACGUGCAGAAGGAAGAUGCCUUGUCCACCUACAGGUGUAUCACCAAGCACAAGUACAGCGGGGAGACGCGGCAGAGCAACGGAGCCAGGCUCUCGGUCUCAGACCCGGCAGAGUCCAUCCCCACGAUGCUAGACAGCUUCCAGUCCCGGGAGGUGAAGGCAGGCCGGCCGGUGGAGCUGCCCUGCAUCGCCUCGGGCUACCCCAACCCGGCCGUCCGGUGGAUCAAGGACGGGCGCCCGCUGCCCGCCGACGGCCGCUGGGCCAAGCGCAUCACGGGCCUGACCAUCAGCGACCUGCGUGUGGAGGACAGCGGGACCUACAUCUGCGAGGUGACCAACACCUUUGGGUCCGCAGAGGUCACGGGGACCCUCACGGUCAUAGACCCUCUGCGUGUGACCCUCACACCAAAGAAGCUCAAAACAGGCAUCGGCAGCACCGUCAUCCUCUCUUGUGCCCUCAGCGGGUCCCCCGAGUACGUCAUCCGCUGGUACCGCAACACGGACCUUGUGGUGGUGGAUGACUACAUCUCCAUCCGCGGCAUCAGCAACGAGACCCUCCUCAUCACGGCCGCGCAGAAGAGCCACUCCGGGGCCUACCAGUGCUUUGCCACCCGCAAGUCCCAGACGGCACAGGACUUCUCCAUCAUCACGCUGGAGGAUGGGACCCCCCGCAUCGUCUCCUCCUUCAGCGAGAAGGUGGUCAACCCCGGGGAGCAGUUCUCCCUGAUGUGUGCUGCCAAGGGGGCCCCCCCGCCCACCGUCACCUGGGCGCUGGACGACGAGCCCAUCCCGCGGGACAGCGGGCACCGCACCAACCAGUACACCAUGUCGGACGGCACCACCGUCAGCCACAUGAACGUCACCAGCCCGCAGAUCAAGGACGGCGGCGUGUACCGGUGCACCGCGCGGAACUCGGUGGGCAGCGCCGAAUACCAAGCGCGAAUAAACGUAAGAGACAAGGGUGCGCGGACCCGCCGGUGCUGGGUGGAGCUGGGAGCCCAGGGACGAGUGUGGUGGCGGGGGGAGCCACUCUUGCGCCUGUAUGAGAGGGCAGCUUAUUUCUGCCGAGGGGACAAUUGGCAGCCUGCUAAUUUAAUUAUGGAGACUGCAGAAAGAGGAUCUCAUCUACCAGUCCCUCCGCUGAUCCAGCCCUUCGAGUUCCCGCCAGCCUCCAUCGGGCAGCUCCUCUACAUCCCCUGUGUGGUCUCCUCCGGGGACAUGCCCAUCCACAUCACCUGGAGGAAGGACGGCCACGUAAUCCUCUCCGGCUCUGGAGUCACCAUUGAGAGCAAGGAGUUCAUGAGCUCCCUGCAGAUCUCCAGCGUCUCCCUCAAGCACAACGGCAACUACACCUGCAUCGCCAGCAACGACGCCGCCACGGUCAGCCGGGAGCGGCAGCUCAUCGUGCGGGUGCCUCCUCGUUUUGUGGUCCAACCCAACAACCAAGAUGGCAUUUACGGUAAAGCCGGGGUGCUGAAUUGCUCCGUUGACGGGUACCCCCCUCCGAAAGUCAUGUGGAAACACGCAAAAGGAAGCGGCAACCCCCAGCAGUACCACCCCAUCCCCCUCACGGGCCGCAUCCAGAUCCUGCCCAACAGCUCCCUGCUCAUCCGCCACGUGCUGGAGGAGGACAUCGGCUACUACCUCUGCCAGGCCAGCAACGGGGUGGGCACAGACAUCAGCAAGUCCAUGUUCCUCACCGUGAAGAUCCCGGCCAUGAUCACCUCCCACCCCAACACCACCAUCGCCAUCAAGGGCCAGACCAAGGAGCUGAACUGCACCGCCCGGGGCGAGCGGCCCAUCAUCAUCCGCUGGGAGAAGGGCGACACCGUCAUCGACCCCGACCGCAACAUGCGCUACGCCAUCACCACCAAGGACAACGGCGACGAGGUCAUCUCCACCCUCAAGCUGAAACCAGCCGACCGCGGGGACUCGGUCUUCUUCUCCUGUCACGCCAUCAACUCCUACGGCGAGGACAGAGGCCUGAUCCAGCUCACUGUCCAAGAGCCCCCUGACCCACCAGAGCUGGAGAUCCGUGAGGUGAAAGCCCGGAGUAUGAAUUUGCGAUGGACGCAGCGGUUUGACGGCAACAGCAUCAUCACCGGCUUCGAUAUCGAGUACAAGAACAAGUCGGAUUCCUGGGAUUUUAAGCAGUCUACGCGCAACAUCUCCCCGACCAUCAACCAGGCGAACAUCGUGGACCUCCACCCGGCCUCGGUGUACAGCAUCCGCAUGUACUCCUUCAACAAGAUCGGGCGCAGCGAGCCGAGCAAGGAGCUCACCAUCAGCACGGAGGAAGCAGCUCCCGACGGGCCUCCGAUGGACGUCACCUUGCAGCCGAUGACAUCCCAGAGCAUCCAGGUCACCUGGAAGGCCCCGAAGAAGGAGCUGCAGAACGGGGUGAUCCGUGGCUACCAGAUCGGGUACCGGGAGAACAGCCCGGGCAGCAACGGGCAGUACAGCAUCGUGGAGAUGAAGGCCACGGGGGACAGCGAGGUCUACACGCUGGACAACCUGAAGAAGUUCGCCCAGUACGGGGUGGUGGUGCAGGCGUUCAACCGCGCGGGGACGGGGCCCUCGUCCAGCGAGAUCAACGCCACCACGCUGGAGGACGUUCCCAGCCAGCCCCCCGAGAACGUGCGGGCCAUCUCCAUCACGUCGGACGUGGCCGUGAUCUCGUGGUCGGAGCCCCCACGCAGCACCCUCAACGGGGUGCUCAAGGGCUACCGGGUCAUCUUCUGGUCCCUCUACAUGGACGGAGAGUGGGGCGAGAUGCAGAACAUCACGACCACGCGGGAGCGCGUGGAGCUGCGGGGCAUGGAGAAGUUCACCAACUACAGCGUGCAGGUGCUGGCCUACACCCAGGCCGGCGACGGCGUCCGCAGCAGCGUGCUCUACAUCCAGACCAAGGAGGACAUUCCAGGUCCCCCGGCCGGCAUCAAGGCCGUCCCAUCUUCCGCCAGCAGCGUGGUGGUGUCCUGGCUGCCGCCGGCCAAGCCCAACGGCAUCAUCCGGAAAUACACCAUCUUCUGCUCCAGCCCCGGGUCGGGGCAGCCGGCCCCCAGCGAGUACGAGACGAGCCCCGACCAGCUCUUCUACCGCAUCGCCCACCUGAACCGCGGGCAGCAGUACAUGCUGUGGGUGGCCGCCGUCACCUCCGCCGGCCGUGGCAACAUCAGCGAGAAAGUCACCAUCGAGCCCGCUGGGAAAGCCCCUGCCAAGAUCAUCUCCUUCGGAGGCACCGUCACCACGCCCUGGAUGAAGGACGUGAGGCUGCCCUGCAACUCCGUCGGGGAGCCGGUCCCCGCCAUCAAGUGGACCAAGGACAGCGAGGACUCUGCCAUCCCCGUGACGGCGGACGGCCAUCGCCUGAUCCAGGCCAACGGCACGCUGGUGCUGCGCUCGGUGAAGGCGGAGGACUCCGGCUACUACACCUGCACCGCCACCAACACCUGGGGCUUCGACACCAUCAUCAUCAACCUGCUGGUGCAAGUGCCCCCGGACCAGCCCCGCCUGACCGUCUCCAAGACCUCAGCAUCGUCCAUCACACUGGCCUGGAUUCCUGGGGACAACGGGGGCAGCUCCAUCCGAGGUACGGCUGCUGGCCCCCAGCCCCUGUCCCGAGCUGCGGGUGCCUCUGGUGCCGGCGCUGGGGGACGAGGCUCGAGUGUGGGUUUUCAGGAGCAUCCCACAGACUGCACACCCGCUUUGGUCUCUGUGCCUCACCAGCCCCCCGAGAACGUGCGGGCCAUCUCCAUCACGUCGGACGUGGCCGUGAUCUCGUGGUCGGAGCCCCCACGCAGCACCCUCAACGGGGUGCUCAAGGGCUACCGGGUCAUCUUCUGGUCCCUCUACAUGGACGGAGAGUGGGGCGAGAUGCAGAACAUCACGACCACGCGGGAGCGCGUGGAGCUGCGGGGCAUGGAGAAGUUCACCAACUACAGCGUGCAGGUGCUGGCCUACACCCAGGCCGGCGACGGCGUCCGCAGCAGCGUGCUCUACAUCCAGACCAAGGAGGACAUUCCAGGUCCCCCGGCCGGCAUCAAGGCCGUCCCAUCUUCCGCCAGCAGCGUGGUGGUGUCCUGGCUGCCGCCGGCCAAGCCCAACGGCAUCAUCCGGAAAUACACCAUCUUCUGCUCCAGCCCCGGGUCGGGGCAGCCGGUACGGAACGGAACGGAACAGGGCCGGCCGCGGCCGGGCUACAAGGGGCGGAACAGCAUGGUGUCCACGGAGAGCGCCUCGUCGACCUACGAGGAGCUGGCACGCGCCUACGAGCACGCGAAGCUGGAGGAGCAGCUGCAACACGCCAAGUUCGAGAUCACCGAGUGCUUCAUCUCGGACAGCUCUUCGGACCAGAUGACCACCGGCACCACCGACAACGCCGACAGCAUGACCUCCAUGAGCACCCCCUCGGAGCCCGGCAUCUGCCGCUUCACCGCCUCCCCGCCCAAGCCCCAGGACAGCGAGCGCGGCAAGAGCGUGGCCGUGCCCAUCCCGCACCGCGCCAGCAAGAGCGACUACUGCAACCUCCCGCUCUACGCUGACUUCUAA